AUGGUUGGAAUCAACAAGUUCUCUGUCGUCCUGGUGGCCGCUCUAGCUGCUGCUGGCCAAGCUCAUGAGGGUGUUCAUGCUCAUCGUAUUGAGCCUCGUUCCUCUCACUCGGUUUCUGGGGCUUCUACCUCGACUGUCCUUGUUGUGCCCACCGCUGCAGAGCCAGCUCCAGAGACUACUACCUCUGUUGCGGUCACUUCCAAGGAGAGCUCUGCCGUGGAGUCUUCUGCUGCCUCCUCUGUCGUUUCUGGUGUGAGCCCAUCCGUGGUGCCGUCUGUCACUUCCAGUGUCAUUCGCUCCGUUGUUCCGUCUGUCGCCCCCAGCGUCUCCUCUUCAGUCGUUAUUCCUAGCGUCAGCGCCUCUCCCAUUCCCUCUAGCAAGCCUGCUGGCUCGUCUUCGCCUGUCGCUUCUUCCAGCAAGCCGGCUGUGACCCGCACCCCCAUUAGCGUUCCUCCCCAUGGACCUGGUGCUACCGGUGUCCCUAAGCCCUCGUCUGGCGACGCUGACAGCACUGUGUCUGCUUCAAUCGGUACUGGUAUCCCCGGCGAUGUGUCUCUCACCACCAGCGCCGUGACUCUGACUUACACCGUUGGUUCUGGCACCUCGACUACCGUCAUGACCACUACCAUUUACAAGACAAAGACCGUGACUGCAGAGCACACUGUCACUGCUACUGGAUCUGAUGCCCAGAUCACCCAACCCACUGAGGACACCACCCACUAUCUGACCUCUACUCUGCACUCCACCCACACCGAGACUGUCACCCUCGUUGCGGUCCCUACUGCCUCCGGUGGAGCUGACUCUGGUAACAACAAUGCCGGCUCUGGAAACAAUGAGGUUGGCUCUGGAAACGGUGCUGGCAAUGGCUCGGGUGCUUGUAAUCCCGUUACCGUCACCGCUACCGUUACUGAGACCGUGACUGCUCUCCCUACUGAAACUGGCGCUACUGGCCACGAGAACAACCAGGGAGGUAGCCAGGGCCAUGACAAUGGACAUGGAAACGGAUCCGGCAGUGGCCACGGCGAUGGUGCACAUGAGACUGUCACUAGAACUGCCGGCGCGACCACCCGCCCUCAGACUGCAUCCUAUACCCGCAUCCCUCAGACCCGCACACCUAGUGUCUCUAGCGGCUUCGCUACCCGGACACCUUCUGGCUCCGUUAGCUUCACACCGACCCCUACUCCCAGUGCCCAGCCUUCGCCCAGUAGCACCCCCAGUAUCAAGGCUCGCUUUGCCAACUGGCGGCGCCACUUCAUCUAA